UUAUUUCGAGCUCUUAACGCCCGCUGGUCGUGGGAAAUGGCGGUGAUCUUCAUUCUGCUAGUCCUCGUGCUGGGUUUCGUGGGAUAUGUGGCCUAUGUGAUCCACAAGAAGGGCAUCGAUCCCAAGGACAUCCGUAUCCAGAGCUUGCAGGACGCCAAGAGGCUGCUGCAGCCACCGCCAAGUGGGAAUGGACCCCACAAAUACCUGGAGAAGAGGGCAUGAGGUGUCUUGUUUACGGAAACUCACUUUUGGUCGGCGUGCUUGUUGCUCCCAGCGACGUGUUGGCUCCGAAAAAGGACAUGGUGCGGAUGAUA